GGCGCAGUGGCGGCGCGGCGGUGAUGGUGGCGGUGCGUGGCGCGCGCGGGCGGAGGAUAAAUUAAGAAAUGGCAGAAGCAGUUUUUCACCCCCCAAGAAGGAAAAGAAGAGUUUUUGAGUCCUAUGAGGCUCCCUUUCCUGUGGAUGUGGGGGGGAAGGAUUUCAGACUGUGCCAGGCUGAGAUCAUUAACAACAACGUGAUUGUGAGGAACCCCGAGGAUAUUGAACAGCUCUACAAUAAGGGCUAUUUUGGAAAAGGGAUCCUUUCCAGGAGCCGGCCAGUGUUCAGCAUCUCGGAUCCUCUGCUAGUGGCCAAGUGGAGAGAUAUUAACACGAACAUGCCCAUAAUUACAUCUCAAAAGUACCAGCACCGAGUGCAAUGGGCUAAAAGUGUCCUGCAGGAGCAGGGCCUCGACGACUGCUCCAUCACCAAAAUCCUAGAGAAUUACACCAAACCCCUGGGGCUGCCCUUCUCCAGAGGGGAUGGGGCCGAACAAACUGGGAACAGCUGCUCCAGAGGGGGCCCAAAGCCAGGAGAUGCAGAAGUGAGCGGGAAAUCUGCUGGCAGUGAGGGAGCCCAGAGUCCUGAGGGACAGAACAGCAGCUCCAGGAGCAGGAAAUCUGCUGGCAGUGAGGGAGCCCAGAGUCCUGAGGGACAGAACAGCAGCUCCCAGGAGGGAGGCGAUGCAGCCCUGGAUCCUGGGAGUGGCUCCAGGCACCAGGAACAGGGGGAUCCCAGGGAAAUGGCUGAAGGGCCCUGCCACCGGGACCCUGCUGUGCUCUGCACAUGCGAGGUGAAACAGAGCCCUGAGCAGAGGCGUUGGGAGGGCUUGGACUCAAGGGAAUGUGCUCCAGAAUAUGUGCUGGUGCAAGAGGAGGAAGAAGGAUGCUCCUGUCCUGAAGAUGGCUCCAUUCAUGCUCAAGAGAAUUUUGUCAAGAAAGAAGUACUAGUAUGCAGAAAAAACCCAUUUAGGAUUUUUGAGUACUUACAACUCAGCUUGGAAGAGGCUUUUUUCCUGGUGUAUGCUCUGGGAUGUUUAAGUAUUUAUUACGGGGAGGAGCCCCUGAGCAUCGUGAAGCUGUGGGAGGUGUUCAGUGAGGUGAAGCCUGAUUUCAAAACCACCUACAUGGCCUACCACUACUUCAGGGGCAAGGGCUGGGUGCCCAAGGUGGGGCUGAAGUACGGCACAGAUCUCUUGCUGUAUCGAAAAGGGCCCCCCUUCUACCAUGCCAGUUACUCUGUCAUUGCUGAGCUGGUGGAUGACAGUUUUGAAGGUUCCCUUCGCAGACCCCUCAGCUGGAUGUCCCUGUCUGGGCUGAACAGAACAACUGCAAAUGCUUCUAAGGAGCUCAUGCUGUGCUAUCUGAUCAGACCUUCUGACAUGACUGCAGAGGAGAUGUCAACCCCAGAGUGCAUGAAGAGAAUCAAGGUUCAGGAGCUGAUCGUGACUCGUUGGGUUUCCUCCCGUGAGCGCAGUGAGCAAGAUGAAUUUUAACUGACUGCGCAAGAAAACCUCACUUUUUAAGAACCACUUUUUGUUGGUUUUUACUUGAUGAUGUUUUUUACCUGAUGAUGUUAUUUUUUACCUGAUCUCCUGAAGAACUCUUGCCUCAGAACAUUUUCUACCAACAUAUUCACUGUGCAUAAAUGCUGUUUUAAAUGAGGAGUAUUGUGUUUACUGGAGAUGCUUUACUGUAAAAUAUACCUGAACAGAUGAAAGGGAAAACAUUAAAGCCUGUGCCCCAACCCAAAACACAAAAGAUAAAAAGGUGCAUGUUUGAGUGGUGGCUAUGCUGGUCAUUAGGAACAGUAUUUCUGAUAUUAUGGCAGCACAAAUCUGACUUCACAGCCUUGGGGAAUUGAGAUUUGGGUUUGGGGAGAGGUUUGGUUGUUGCAGUUGGGACCCUGGAACUUAUUUUUAAAA